GGAGAGAGAGGGAGUGUGAGAGAGAGUGAGAGAGAGAGAGAGGGCCAGCAGCAGCAGCAACUUCUCCUUCAAUCCGCCUGACUGUCACUUGCACAACAACAACCAGCAACAGAACAACAAGCAGCGACUUUUUAAACAUACAACUUCUCUCACCCAACGCCACCCCGAGCCGGGGGUGGGGGAGAAGAGAGCACUCAUUAAAGAGAGAGAGAGGGAGAGAAGCAGACUGAGAGAGAGAGAGAGGCUUUAAAAGGGCCGCCGGACGGACGGGACCCCGGCACCAGGUGUGAUACUGGAGUGUAGAUGAGUAUGUCAGAAAUCUCAGGGUGUACUGUUUGUUUUCAAAACUUCAGUUCUUCGAAUGGAAUAAUAAGCGGAAGAUCAAGGAAGUGAAGAGUUCUUGUUGGAAGAAAAUGGGAGCCACAGCACAAAAGAGCAACAUGUAUGACUGGACAUUCCAGAAACUGUAACAGUUGUGUGUAGGAUAGCAAACCUGUUGAAGGCUUCCCAGCUACAAAACUGGCGUGGAGGGGGAAAGAAGAUACUGGAGAUGGAAAUGAGAAAAAACUCAAAUUGCUUCAAGGAUCAGCAGUUUUUAGAGAUCUAUAAAAUACUGACAAGACGAACUUGCGGAGCAUGCAUUACUCAAAGGAAUCUUAAAGUUGAUCUUGGGCCUGGGGGCAUCUCAGAUGUAAGAAAUCUGGAUGCUGGUUCCAGACCUACAUGGAGGUGAAAGAUUUGCUGGUUUUAUCAGCGUGCUGGUGAGCGGACAUUCAAAGUCUAGAAAGUUGUGAAAUGUGGUUCUGGAGUAGGAUGGAGCAGGUCAGUUGGAGAAAACGGAAGAAGUUGCUCUCAGAAUGGUGGAGGAGGAAAAAUCGUGAGGGAAUAUCAUCAAGAGAAUGCAACAAGGUUGGAUUGGCCAUAUGCUAAGACAUGAGAACUUGCUGAAGGAGAUGAUUGAAGGAAGAUUAGAAGGGUGUAGACCAGGAGGAAGAAAGAGAAUAAUGAUGUUAGAUAAUUUUAAAUUGAAAGUGGGAGGCUUCUACGAGCAACUGAAGAGGAAAGCGCAAGACCGUGAGGUUGUGAUCAAGUGAGAAGGAUUUUGAAAAAAACUUCAUCUUCAUCACAUCAAAUUCCAUUUCCAUUGUUUGGGUUGUGAUCAAGUGAGAAGGAUUUUGAAAAAACUUCUUCAUCUUCAUCACAUCAAAUUCCAUUUCCAUUGUUUUGCGCAGCACCAUGAAAGCCAGCAGCAGAAAUAAAGACCACUCAGCAGAUGGCGAUGGAACUGGAAAAAGACCAAAGCGGAAGUGUCUUCAGUGGCAUCCUCUGCUUGCCAAAAAGAUGCUGGACUUCUCUGAGGAGGAGGAGGAGGAUGAGGAAGAUGAAGAUAUUGAUAAGGACACUUUGAUGAGUACCGAGGGCCUUGAACAUGAGGCAGAUGAGACAGAAGACGAUGACUCCUCUGAGCAACGAGCUCGCAGGCCAAUGAAUGCAUUUCUUUUGUUUUGCAAACGCCAUCGUUCUCUGGUCCGCCAGCAACAUCCUCGCCUCGACAACCGUGGUGCAACCAAGAUUCUGGCUGAUUGGUGGUCAGUUUUAGAUCCAAAGGAGAAGCAGAAAUACACCGACCUGGCAAAGGAGUACAAGGAUGCUUUUCUGAAGGCCAACCCUGGUUACAAGUGGUGUCCAACUACAAACAAGCCAUUGAAGAGUCCAUCACCUACUGUCACAACAAGGAAGAAGCUGUGGACAUUUCCAACAGAACCUGCAAAGGAGUUUCCCAUCACCAAAAGGGUGGUAAAAGCUGAGGAAAUGCCACAAAUCAACUUUGCCAUGGCAGAUCCUACUCAAAUGGGAGGACUCAGUAUGCUGCUCUUAGCAGGAGAACAUGCCUUGACAGCCAAGGAGAUCUCCUCCAAUACAGCACCGUCAGGAGUCCCUGACUCGUCAAAGCAGUGUGGGAAUUCAGCAUUGUUUCAGUUAGCAGAGAUGUGUUCGGACCGGUUGGUGACAGAAGGAGUAAAAAAUGAGCCUCCUACAGGUACCUCAGAGGAUGGGCACACGUCUGAAGUCCCCACCAUUAAUCCUGGAUUAGGUACAAAGAAUAACAAUGAUAUUAAACCACAGGAUUGGAUUACUAAUGACAAAUCGCUGUCUUUGUUAACUGACACUUCUUCUGUGACAAGUCUUAACAAAAGUGAAAAAAUUAAAAAGAAGAAGAAGAAAAAAGUCAAACUCGAAACUACCAAAGCUGAAAAACAGACAUUUAAAAAAAGCGGGAAAAAACGGAAGUCGUCAGAGUCUGACAUGGAAAGCUUAAUGUACACAAUUGAUGCUGUUGCUAAGGGUGACUGGGGUACUGAAAAACCUUCAGGAAGCCCAGUGAAAAGUGGACGAUGCUCAGCAAAGUCAACUGAAAAUCUGUUACACUCUGUCUCUAGCCCACCAAAGAAAAAAAUGAAACCAAAACAAAUAAAAUUACCUGCUGAAAAGAUUUCAGAACUCAACAAACACGCAAAGGUUUCUGAUCUCGAGAAGGUUACCGUCAGCCCAGUCAAAACUGAAACUUUUUCUGUCACUGAGCAACUACUUUCCCAUAAUGCACUAGGUGAAGUGAAAGCUGAGAACAAGGAAAUCAGUAAAAAAACAGAAGCAUCUGGGUCCAGAAAAUCUGAACGAUCAUGUAAAGGUGCUCUUUAUAAGACUUUGGUGUCAGAAGGCAUGUUGACAUCUUUACGGGCUAAUGUCGACAGAGGUAAGAAAGCCUCAGGGAAGGGAGGUUCAUCUGACCAUGAGGGAUGUUGGAAGGAGGAAGAUUGGCCAUUUUCAAAUGUUGGGACCAGUGGAACCAAAAAGUUGAAGAAGUUGAAACAGAAAGAUGAAUCUGCUCUUGGGUUGGGGAAUCUAGAGCAGGAAUUUGCAAAGAAAUUCAACAGCCUUCCACAAUAUAGCCCAGUAACUUUUGACCGCAAGAACACAACAGUGACAAGGAAAAAGAAAAAGAAUAGGAGUGGAUCCACUGAGCAACAAAAAAGUGAUAAAGGAUCAUCUCAGAAAAUAGUCAGCAGGUGUAAACACCAAAAGAACACACACCAUUUAACUGAAAAAGCCAUAGUACCACAAGACACGAACUCUGAGGAACAUACGGAGAAGGUGGAUCGUGCUCCAUCAGUUCCAAGCAGCCCGCUGACACCAGUGACACAAGAACCCCUCGUUGGCAGCCAAAAGCGCAAGGCCAGAAAAACAAAAAUAACACACUUAAUACGAACAGCUGAUGGCCGUUUGUCACCUGCAGGAGAUCUGACAAAGGAGAAGAUGCCGUGUAAACAGGAAAAGAAGAAACAGCCACUAAAGACAGACACUUGUGUUAGUGGAGUCAACUGCAGUCAUCCAGAAACUGAGCAGGCAUGCAGCAUUUCACCAGAAGUGCAAACAACAUCUGCAAUUCCAGCAUUUUUCAGUUUAGCUGCCUUGGCAGAAGUUGCAGCCAUGGAGAAUGCACAUAGAGGCCAGCAUGCAGUUUCUCUGAACCAUGAUGGACAGCCCAAGGAAAUGGCACAAACCUCAGUACUUAUCUCCUGUGCAGACCAAUAAUGCAUUAUUACUUUGUAUCUCUACAAAGUCUGAAACACAGGAGAUCGGUCAGUUUGACCUGAUAUUGACUGCAUUGUGGGAGUCUCACCCUUCCAAGGCUGGGUUCCUCACAGAAACAGCUGGGAAACACUGGCUCAGCAGAGCCCCAUGGACAGGCUCAGAAUCUGAGCAUCAAACAUUUACGAAUGGGGCAAAACCAGUUUCUUCGGCCUUUGGUUCCCUAUCUGAAGACAGCCUGGCUAUAUAAAAAAAAUAGCUGUUACACAGAACAACUGCCCAUGAAACCUACUGGCAAUUCUUGCCGCUGCACGCUACACGAUCAGAGUGUGAGCUACUCGAGUUUGCUGCAAGUUCUAGCUUUUCUCAAGUAACACUGAUGCACUGUGCUAGUGACUAGAUAUUGUCAACCUCUCUCUUUUUUCCUUUUUUUUUAAGCACAUUUUGAUUUGAGUUUCACAGAAACCGUUUAAUCAUGAACUUCUGCCUGAUUACUGAGAUGGUGUGGCAGGAAAAGAUAUUAUUGAAGUUCUUUACAUUUUGCCCAUUACAUUAAGGUAUUUUAUUUCAACAGCGCCAUUAUUUAGUUGAAACCUCUGUUAAUCUGUAGUUGAGUUUAAUAGCACAAUCUGUCUCUGUACAGAUGGUACCUUUUGUUACACACGCAAUCUUUUUGCUUGUUUUUUUGUUUUCCACGAUGACUUAAUACCUAUUGUUUUUGCUUUCUCUUGCUAAACCUCACUGACCCUGCAUUGGGCCAGUUUACUGGACGUGACUGUUUUCCAAUAUACUGUUAAGAUGUGUAAAAGUAAUUUGCUUAUUUUUUAAGCAAUUAGGCACUAAUAGUGGCAGAAAUCCUGCAAAGCUUUUUAGGUCCCAACUGUUGCACUGCUGUGUUUUUACAGUGAAUGAUUAUUAUGAUGGUUGUAGGGUUACUAAUUCAGCAAAUUACUGAGGAGAUAUUCAGGUUUUAUUUCAGGUUGCAGAAGUACAUCAGCACAAAGGAAAAAAAAGUCUUCUGUCAGACCAACAACUAGAAUUACUGAUGUUUAGUACUGCUUAGCUUGAAUGCAAAAUAUUUUUCUUCCCAUAUUGGUUGAAGAUCAUGUUACCAGAAUGGAAAACAACUUGGACUGUAAGUGAGGUUUCAAAACAGUAGCACAAGUUUUGAGAGUUAGUAAAGUCAUCAGCAGAUACUCAAACACAGUUCUUAUGCUGUUCCAUGAAGUCACAGUAAUACAACACCAGUUGUUGCCUGGGCAUUAUGAUUGUUAAUACAACAUCCUUGACACCAACAAAUGCCAGAUAUUAAUUGUGCAAGAAUAAGUCUAUUUUUCAGGAAACCUGCAAGGUUAUUUGGUGUACUGUAUGUAUUAUAUCCAGUUUUUAUAAGCAGCAUAUGAGGAAUAGUACACACUGUUCGCAUCAGAGAUGUUUUGUUCUUUUUGAAGAUUGUGACUGGAAUUUGCAAUAAAAAGCUAAUAAUAAAUAUCAUGGCACAGUUAUAAUGGAACAUGUAUUAGGUGCUCCUGUCUGAACUAAACAAACCUAGUUGAUGCACAAUAUAUCUUGCUUUUUGGAUUAAAUACAUGUUAAACCUAAGUAAGAUCUGAUUCCAAGAAUAAUGGUCAACAGAUUCAUGGUCAAAAUCUUAAGUAUAACAUUUCUUGAUAAAUUGUCAUAUUCAUAGUAGGUUUCAUUUGCGAUGUUAAAUUCUUGGCAAUCAUAUGCAACUUCUAAGAAACGUUGGCUUUGUAAUUAAAAUUUGUAGCCCAAAAAAUGGAAUCCAGAAAGAUUCUGUAGGAAAGACUGUUGUCUGCAUGUGAUAUUCUUUUUGAGUUCUAAAUUUAUUUGCGGUUUUCAAGAUACACAUAUACUUUUCUCCAAUGUAAUCUCUGUGAUGACAGUUAUAAAUUUACUCAAAAUGCCUCACUUUGAUUUCCAACCUUGACGGACAGAUUAAUUUGCUUUUUUUUUCACCCUCCGUGGAUGAGCUUGAGUUGGCCUCAACUGAGCUGCCAAUUAUAGACACUUUGAAUAUACGUAAUGACUGCCCUAAAGAAGAAAAUACAAAUAGUACAGUGGCAAUAUUAACCAUAUUCAGGAUUUUUAAAACAAGUGUGAGCUUCCAUUAUGGUUUUGUGGGUUCAUGAAUCACUUGAUGUGAUCAAGAUGCAGUUUAUAUUUGUGAUCUUGCGCUGCAUCAGCUCAUCUUGCUGGCGUUUCUACAUUAAUCCAUUUAUCCUCAGCAUCCAGGUGAUUAUCUGUGCCUGAUGGGUGUCCAGUAAUCACACCGAUGCCCCGCCCCAACACUGAAAAAGAAUAUAUGUGACCACCAGAACAGAGCCUCAACUCUGUUGGCUCCAGAGUGAAAUGGCCAUCAGCGUUUGCAUGAAGAAAGGCCAAUGACCAGAGUGGGAUUGUGUGGGGUAGGAGAGGAGGGGAUCGGGGUGAUAAUAGGUCUGUGAUCAUAUGUAGAACAAUGCAUUAGCGUCGAAUGUUACCAUCAGGAGAGAAAGAGCAAAGGGAGGAAUUUGGAGGAAAGCAGAGUUUCCAAAGUGUGCAGAACACAGAAACCUGGUUAGAUCUAAGUGCAUUAUUUCAGGUUGGGUCAACAUUUACAUCAGUAUCUUUAAAAAAAAACUUCCAUUCGUGUGGUUAGUACAAGUUUAUUAGUGAAGACAUGAAACCUGAUACAAGUUUCACUGCAAUUUUGUGCCAGUUUAUAACUCAUACUUCAACUUUAUAUAGUGAUGAGUAAGCAAAACUAUCAGUUAGAUUCAAAAAGUGCCCAUACCAUAUAGAACUGAUGCAUUUUGCUCUGAAUUCUCAGACGUCAUUCAGAGAAUGAAUUUGCCAACUUCUUCGACAAAAUGAAAUAUAAUUCUGCCUGGGAAUGUGCAAACCCUACUGAGCUCAUGAGUUGGCCUUUACACAUCAUUAUUACAGGGUAAGGUGGGUGAACUUGUGCUUUGGUCCCAUUCUGUUUCUUGCUUAGUCCAUCCAUUUAUAACUUUUAUGUGAAAAAUCAUUGAAUUGGCAAUUCAGAUUUCCAUACCAAAAUUGGCAAUUGGACCUCAAGAAAGCUGUGGCUGCAUUGUCGAUGUGCUUUAUUUUGAAGCUUUGGUCUUCACUGUUGACUCCCAGGAAAUGGAUGCACUUCUCUCAACAACAUGAACAUGUAAACCAAAAAUCCUCUUCCUGAUUUGUAUCUAAAGUGCACCAUUCAUUUAUCUAGCAACUGAUGCUGUACAGCACAAGUUAUCUUUCGGCACAAAAUUACUGUUUUCAUUUCCAAACAGAUGCUUAAACUUUCUGCUUUAAACAUGCUGCACUGUAAGAUUAAUAUUGAGUUAAUUAAAGUUAGUUAAAGGGGAAUCAGGGUCUAAGCUAAACUGGAGAGUUAAGCAAAAAAUGGGCUUUGCUCGUUAAAUAGUAGUGGCAUAUUGUAACUUUUAUAGCCAUAGUCUUUGUAGAAUUAAUUGGAGUAAGACUUAAUUGUACUCAACUUCUUGAACAUUGGUAAGACAGUUUCUCGAUUGGUUUAGGGUUUGCACAUCUCUUUCACUGGCUUAACAGGUAGACUAAAAUAGCCCAUCCUGGUAACAUGAUCCUUUUGUGACUGCUUGAUACAAUAAUUCAUUUACUGUUUGUCAUUCUAGCUGUAAAGAACAUUUUGUUAACGUUUUGUGCAAUUGCCAUCCUUUGCUUGUCAUUAGAAAUAUGUCUUUUCCUCGUUGUAGAAACCAGCUUUUGCCCAAAGUCUAGCUAAUAUUUAAAAAUGGAAAAAAGUACACAAGUUACUGUAUUUAAAUGUUCACAAUGCUUUUUCACAAAAGUUGAGUAUAAUGAGAAAAAUGUCUACAUUUUAUGCUUGACCAAGUAGAAUACAAUUCAUUGUAUUUUUGCAUUUAUUUUGUUUCCUUUACGAUUAAGUGACAUUUCCAUGAGAUUAAUAGGUGGGAUAUGGAGUUUACCUAUGAUCUCCUUUCUUUGAAUUAUAAAAAGUGUGUGACUACAUUGAAGUAUAGCUUAUUGCACUUGAUAUCACUUUUUUAGCAUGUGAAAAGGCCCCAAGAUUUGGUCAUCAACAUAGAUGUGUGAGUUCUUAAAAGCGGUAAUAUUACAUGUAUCAGCUAUACUGGUGCUUAAUAUGGGAAUGUGACCAUUUGCUUACAUUGAAGCUCAUUAACAUUCACGGAUGAGGAAAGUGGACAACACGGAGAACUGAUAAUUCAUACGCGUGUUCUACCAUUUCUGCUUUCACUGCUACAAAUUAUUGUGUCAGAAGCAUUGAGAACAGCAAGAGUUACCACAGAGUGAAUUUACUAUUCUUUCUACGCAGAAGUGGAGAGGAAGAGUUGCAUUAUUGGGUUUCAGGAAUGACUCUCUGUUUAUUUUCCUUCAAAACAUUAGCAAAGUUUUGCCCUUGCACAUAUUUAAAUGGAUACAUCAAGUGAGACUUGGAAACGAUAAGAUCUGUGCCAGAAUUUUUCUCGAGGCUUCUCCUACUCCAACACCAUAACUUAGGCAGAAGUUUGGCAGAAACCCUGCUUAAGUAUGUAAACAAGGUUCAGCUGAAGAACAAGGAGAAUCCCCAUUGAAAUUCUCACAGUGGAAAUUUAACAAACAGGAGAUUAACCCUUUCGGCUCUCAAUGUUCACUACUAUUUGUAAAAUGUGUAAUUUUGUUCUUAUGGCCUUUUGGUUUUUUCAAAGUAUUAAUGCUCAACAAAAUUAGGUAACCAUGGAACAUUUAGAGAGUAGGAAUGUUUAACUGUAUAUAACCAACCAUUUUAUUUUGAUGCAUAAUACAUGCCCUGUCGUUAAAGGUUAACAGGUUGAUACAAGGGUGAUUGCUGCAGGGAAUAUUCCUCUUGUAAUACCCCUGUUAAAUGUGUGACAGUAGUAAUGGUUUAUGUACAACUUCUAGAUUGUGCCCCCAACUGGAGUUGCUGUGAUUAACCUGAUAUAAUGGCCCAUGGACCUGCAUUUGACACCCAGCAUUACAAGUUACACUAUUAGUUAUAACAAUUGUGUUGAAUUUUCACAGAAUAAAUUAAUAAAAUGCAGCAACCCAAGCAUUACAUCGUAAUUUCCUGCCACCUAAAGAAAAUAAAUGUCAAAUAGUUCCUUUACAAAUGAAGUAGUAGUUAUAAAAUUUGCUUUCUUUUAUCUAUCUGCAGGACACAUUAUAUUGCAAAGGGCUCAGAAUGUCUGUUUUUACACUCCAAUUUUUUAAUACGUUGAUUAGUGGUAGAAAAAGUUAUCAGCAAGAUAGUAUUCAGAAAUACCCACUCAUAUUAUUUUUUACAAGAAUAUACUAGGUAAUUAUUUAAGAUCAACUAAAUCAAACUGUAACUGUUGGUGAGAUAGUGGGCGUGAUGAAGUACCAAUUUUGAUUGUCCCAACUGGUUAUUGCUGUUGACAAUAGUGCUGCAAACAGUAAGUUCUUUUGAACAGCAUUCCCUUGGUAGACUAAGAAUUCUGUCACAGUUUCACCCUUUUUUUUAAAAAAAAUGUAACUUUCUUUAGAGUAAUUUGGAAACAGUCAAAACCAAAAGCCAGUUACAGCUGGUUAGCAAUGCCUGCUGCAGGGAUGUGUUUGGCAACCAAAAAUUUCCAUGCUACUGUCACAUUUUGCUGAUCAGGAAAAAGUGCAGCUUGAAGUAUCACAGAAGUGGUCACAAAUACACGCUGAUUACGACUUUGAGAGAAUUAGUUGAAAUAAAAAGUUUUAAUGCAAGUUUGGCUAUACCCGAAAGACCCAUUUGCACCUAAGAAUUGCCAUUAUUCUGAAUAAGAAUAGUCCAGGCUGUUGUAGCUUGAUUUACAGAAAGGAUUUAUCUAAUCCUUGAUGUAAGUGUUUUAUUCACAAAGCAUCAUCCAAUUAACCUGUACUAGUAAAUUCUAAUUAGGGCUUUUAUUGUUAGGAAAUGCAAUAACUGAUCAUUUACUGUAGCCCCUGAAUAAGUUAAUUACUAUUGCUUUGUCCAUCGUGAGCGGAAUGGGUGUGUGAUGGUUCUAAGAAUGUCAUAGUGUGUAUAUUUGGAGUUCUUUUCUUGUAUGGAUGCAGAAAGCGGGGUGGGGGGGGGGGAACAAUAUAGCAGUCUUAAAAGCGUGACUCCACAUCCUAUAUGUGGAGACUGGAAAUUUGACUAAUUUUGAUUGUAAACAGUUAUCCCAGUAAUUUUGUUUAAGACCAAGUUGACAAGUUGCUCAGUUAAUGAAAGAUAACGUUGGGAACCCUCGUCAUAUAAAUAAAUAAUUGCUGAGCUGAGAGUUAGUUUGUCAUUAAACAAUACUCUAAGCAGUGACUGAAAUAGCAACAAAUUAUUGCUGCCAUGUAAUUAAUGUUUUGUUCAGACAGCUGAACCUGGAAUAUUGAUCUACACUUUUAUAGUGGCUGUGAGAAAAUGCUUUGCGGAUGUAAUUUCCUAACUCAGAUCUAACAUGCACAUUUUUUUAUCGUAGAUGUUUAUUUUAAAUGAAGUUAGAAUUUUAACAGAAUGGGUAAUAUAACUUGGAGAAAAUGAUUUCUUUAUGCAUGAGAGUAAGGCACAUUUAACAAACUCAAAAUGUGCAGUGUAUUCCAGCAGACACUUUUAUUUGGCCUUAAAAAUGUUUAGUGAGGUAUUUAAAUAUUUUUUUGAAUUGGUGUUGGAGACAAAGAUGGCUUUACAAAAGUUAAACUUUUUUAUUGUGGUGAUGUCUUAUUUAUAAUUGCUGCAGUAACACCUUGUGGCCAAAGAGAUCAUUCAUCAUUGCAUUUCUUACAUAUUAUUUGAUACCGAAUUAAGAAAAAGUUUAAUUUUUGGAAAAUAUAGAUUUGGAAGAAAAAAUAACUCUAUUGACCCAGUGAUGUGUACUAGCUAAAAUGUUUGUGUCAUACCCUUUGGUCAGAGGUUCAAGUCCUGGUAAAAGCAGCAAGACCAAUAGAUCACCCAAAUAAUGAUGGAGAGAAUAUACCAUAAUAAAACAUAACCCACUAUUACAAACAAUAGAAUGUGGCCUACAAAGGGUUGGCAGAGAACUGACUGAUACACCUGUAUUUUUGACCAAAUGUAUGAUGCAGUUUAAUAUUUUAUAAAUCGAAAUUUGUUUUAGGCCAAUUAACAAAAUGAUUCCAGUAGUAUAUUUUUAAAUGGUGAUUUGACAGAUAGACUGAAAUAUUUAAUUUUUUUGGAAGAGGGGUGGAAUAGUUUAAUGAUGUACAAUUGAUUUUAAUUUUAAUACCAAAAAUGCAGGGAUGUUUCCUGAUUCACAAGAAGUAUUAAAUGAAUUAUAUUUCAUUAGAAUAAAAGGCAGAUGUAUAAAUAAUUAGUUUACAGCAGACCGUCAAAGCCAUGUUGACUAGCCCAGAAAAUCAACAUUAAGCUUUGUAAACACCUAUAACCUCCGCGAUUUGGUUAUAAUGCUGAUACUGUUCAAAGGAAGACCCUAACUUGUUCCACACCAACAAAGGUUUAUGCAUUCUUGUGAUAAUUCAGUUAUUUGUUUACACUUAAUUGUUUAAUUCAAAAUAUAAGAAAUUUCAAUAACACAGCAAAGUGGGAAUUUAAUGUUUAAAAUUAAAUAAUCAUAAUCUGCAUUAAGCAAUUUUAAAUUAAAAAUAGACUGUACACACAAACAUGUUCAGUUUGUAAAAAAGCAGAGCAAAGUUGCAGUUUAGAUUUUACAUAUGCAUAGCACUUGUUGAAUGCCAGUUUACAUGCCCAUUGUAGUCAUGUGUCCACCAACAAUGAAAUAAAUUAAUUAUCAGCCCUAAGAAAACUAAUUAGAUUUAUUGUUUAUUUUUUUUUUAAGUAAAAGCUCAUUUUGAGAUUCUCUUGUGAUGUUUUUACAAUUAAUAUUCAUUCUGUUGUUUUUGCACUGUCCACAACUGUAAUUUUUGAUUCCAAUUCAAGUCUAGAUUGGUGGCUGUGUUUCAACAGUGCUAUUAUCAUACCAUGUUUUGAAUCUGAACUGAAGUGCCAACCAUCCAAUCUUUGCAAAUCCAUAGAAAGGUAUGGAAUGCUUCCUUUGAACAUUCACAGCAAGUGAACUUCCAUUGAUGUAGCUGGAAAGAUUCCACUGGCUCACUUCCAUUUUAUUAUUUGGGUGUAUGGUUCAGGGAACUGGGCAGCUGUCCACUAAUGAGCCAAUGGUUUUGAUGCCAACACUGCAUCAGCAACAGGGCUUAACUGUGCAAAUAUUCCUCUUUUAGUGAGAUGGAUCACAAUCAGCAGUACUUCAAUUCAGUUUUAGGAGGCCUUUGAUGAUCCAUAUGCUUCAAAUUAUUUAUAUCAAUAAAAUGUAAAUAGAGUUUCAGAUGUGUUAAUGUAACCAUUGAUACCAGUAGCAUCGCUAUGGCAGUGUUUUGGUGGUAAAUAAUCCAUCUACAGUUUGAAAACUCAGGAAGGUGCUGAAACCUCUAAUUACAUUAAUCAAACUCGUAUCAGACACUUUUUGACAUCACAGUUCACAGGAGUAUCCAAAUUAAUGAUGCAAUUACAUUGCACAUAAUAAGACUGUUUAUACAGACCCAAAAGUCACAUGCUGAGGCUGACCAGUGCUUUUUUUAUUCUUAGCCCUGGUUCCUGUUGUACAAACUUGUUUAACAGGUUUCUUGAGUUAUGUUGUCCCAGUCAACGCACUUCCGAAGAGCUGGCUGUUCAAUGACAAGCAACCCUGAUAUCAAGUGUGAGGUUUUGAGAUCUGUUGCAGUAAGAAUUAAGAUGUAAAGGCCCUGUGUCAUCUCAUGGUUUGUUAUGAGUAGACCCACAAUGUCCGAAAAAGGGCUAUGCGUGGUUCCCGUCGCAGUGGUAUUUAAAAAUUACUUGCAGGAUCAGUACACUAUUAGGCAUGCACAGAGCAGGUGUGAUGACGUAGAUGCUCAGCGACAUCAUCAAUAUACUGAAAUAUUUGCCUUUUUCUUCUUGUUGCAGGCAACAAAGUAGAUGACAUAGAGCCUUUAUUUGUACAAUGUUCAAUAGUAUACUACAAUUCAGAACAUUAAUUGAAAAGAUACAUGGUGUGAUUGAAUGGCAUCUUCAGUUUGAUCUUGCAGAGUGAAUGUGGAUGUAAGCUAUUCAGUUAAACACACUUAUGGUAACUGGGAGACUGCUGUAGGUUCUCAUUUUGAUGUUCCUAGAAGAGAAAUUUCAGUGAAGUAUAAUUUUGAAAACGUGAAGCAAAAUUCUUGGUGAUGUUAGGAUAUCCCCAUUACACGAGAAUCAGUUCUUGUUACAGAAGGUGCCUGUGUAUAUAGCUCCUUUGUAUUGCUUUGAGCAGAGUCCCUUAUAUAUUUCUUACUAAUAUGCUCUGUAGAAAUUGAAUUCAGAAAUUUUACUACUGAUAAUUAAGAGUUUAAAGCCACUAAUUAUAUAAAAGUUGCAUAAUUUGACAGAUGAUCAUUUUAUAUUGCGUACUGUUUAUUGCCUGUCUGUUUAGUUUUGUGAUUGAAACACAGAUUUCCUUUUCCCUCUGUUAUAAUGCUGUAUGCUGCUGCAGUGUUAUUCUCUAUCAUUAUUUCCUAGCAGGCAAUAAAGCAUAUUGUACAGUA